AUGCGGCCCCUUACAGAACAAGAGACGAAAAUCCUCUUUGAGAAGCUCGCCAAUUACACAGGCAAUUCGCUCAAAGAUCUGAUAGCCCCUCUGAGCGAUGCUCCCAACGCGGACCGCUACGUCUUUCGCGUUAUCAAGGACAGAGUUUACUACGUCCUUCUAUCGAUAGCGAACCUGGCUACCUCGGUGGCUAGGGACAACCUGGCUUCAGUAGGCAUCUGCCUAGGAAAAUUCACGAAAACGCUGAAGUUCCGAUUACACAUUACCGCACUGCCGAUCCUCGCUGCGCACGCUAGAUACAAGGUCUGGGUCAAACCAAACGGUACUCAACCUUUCCUAUACGGCGGACACAUUGUCAAGGCGCACGUAGGGCGCAUGACGGACGAGACACCCGCGAACGUCGGGAUUGUUGUAUACGAGAUGAACGACACAGCGAUUGGUUUUGGUGUUUCUGCCCGUAGCAGUGCGGAAUCCCGGAAAUUGGAUCCUACGGGCAUUGUGGUAUUCAGACAAGCAGAUUGCGGUGAAUAUUUGCGAGACGAAGAUACCCUGUUCGCUGGUUGA